CCCAGGGUCUUGGCUGGUCGCGGUAUUCAACUUCAACCAAACUAUCAACUCUCAAGAUGACCUCUCUCACUGCUAAGGACAAGGACACAGUCAAGGCCUUCUGGUCUAAAGUGUCUUCCAAGGCUGAGGACAUCGGCACUGACGCUCUGUCCAGGAUGCUGGUGGUGUACCCCCAGACCAAGACUUACUUCUCCCACUGGAAGGACUUGAGCCCCGGCUCUGCCCCGGUGAAGAAGCACGGAGCCACCGUGAUGGGUGGAGUUGCUGAUGCUGUGACCAAAAUCGACAACCUGGCCGCUGGUCUCCUGAACCUCAGUGAGCUGCAUGCCUUCACCCUGAGAGUGGACCCUGCUAACUUCAAGAUUCUGUCUCACAACAUCCUUGUGGUCUUGGCCAUCAUGUUCCCCAAAGACUUCACCCCCGAGGUCCAUGUUGCCAUGGACAAGUUCCUGGCUGCCCUGGCCCGUGCCCUGUCUGAGAAAUACCGAUAAACUGCAAACGGGAGCAGGAGCAGAUGACGGACAGCAGCGUGUGCUUGGAUAUUCUCUGUCAGUCUGAUUAAUGAUGAUGAAUAAAUGAUCAAA